AUGUACGACGCUGCGGCGUCGAGACCUACCAGCAUAGCUGGUCAAGCCCCGGACACUGCAGGCAGACUUGAAAUGCUGUGUCGUGGUGGCUGCAAGGGCCCGUUCCCUGCGCUUGGGGACGUCCUUCUGUCGCUUUAUUCGGCAAAGCAGCUGCCUGCUAGUGCUGCUAUUCCCACAUACGCGAGCAAGUUAGAAGCCUUCAAAGGAGCAACACACGGACCUUCACCGCAUGUCCCGUACGAUGCUGCCGGCGCUCCUCCACCUUCGGCCGCCACGUCAGAAGCCCAAUGGAUUCGAUUAUGUACUGCUGCUCCAUAUAAGCUGUCACUUCAGUGGCCAGCGCAUGAAUGGUUGACCGCCAAUGCACGCUGGGAGAUGAAGAAGAUAUGGGGAAAAAGAGCCUAG